UAACAAGCCACAAUCUGUACUCACCUGCUCAAGUUGAGUAAAAGGUCUGAGCAAAGAGUGCUUGUCGCGUGAAGUGAUUUCCCUCCCCACGCAUGUCCUGAAGAGUUGCGCAAUCGCCAUCAUCGGGAAAGCACAGCGCGACAAAUGGUGUCAGAAGCGGGAUCUUCAAAGCUUUCAAUUGUGAGUAAAUCCACCUCACCAAAGAAUGACAGAAACAACGACCGCUAAAACUUUACAAUUAUCCGGAAUCAUCUGCCAAUCAUUUACCUGCUAAAAGCUAACCACGGGAUCCGGCCUGCACCGCAGUCACUAGCGCCACCUCUGGUCGGAGGCCAAAUUACAUCAGAUCAGCGCUUUGGAAGUUAUGUAACCUUGUUGUCGUGAGGAAACACUGACGAAUUAUUUAACAGAUGUGUUUUUCCACAUAAACACAUUCACAAAAAAGGAAAAAUAAUUUAAAAGCCCUCCAAGAUGGAAGAGGAAUUACAAGGAGCUUCAGCAAGCCCAUCUGAGUCAGAAAGUGCCCCAAAAUGGUUACAAGCAUUGUUAGAAAAUCAAAACCAGCAGGCAAAGCACCUUCAGAUGAUGCUGGCCCCUGUUUUAACCCACAUUACUGGGGGAACAUCUCACGUACAGCAAGAAUUGCCAUCCCUUGCAACUUUAAAUAGUUAUGGAGAAGGCGUGCCCCUUUUAAGCAGGCAGCAACAAGAACCUAUUUUUGCACCUUUGGCUUCAGAGCCCUCUGUGAGGCAGAAAGAGCGAGUUUGCAGUCCAUUUUCAGCAGAACUAGAUGUUAUAAACCAGCGUGCUUCCAGUUCUGGCCCUGAUAGAAUAAUCUCAAGGCAAGAGCCUCACAGCAGACGACAAGAAGCUAGGGAAUUGGAGCAUAGAGCAGACCCUUUGUUACCCAGGCGUGAUGAGCAAAGACUCAAUAGUGCAAGCCACAACAGUCAUCAUGCUCCACAAGAAAUGUAUAGACCUAAGCUCGCCACAUUUGAUGGAAAUGACGACUGGGACUCCUUCCUGCUCCCCUUUGAGCGACAAGCUCGUAAAUGUGGAUGGAGUGCUGCUGAAAGAGUAGACCGGCUGCACGAAUGUUUAAGAGGGACUGCAAUACGCUAUGUUUGCUAACUUCCUGAAAGAACAAGAGAGGAUUAUAUUCUCCUGGUGGAGCAGCUCACCCAGCGUUUUGGAAAAAGAGACCCCCCCACCACAGUGAGGAGGAAGUUAGGAGAGCUUCGCCAAGGAAGAGAAUCAUCCGCUGAAUUUGCAGAAGAGGUCCGACGUUUGGUCACCUUGGCUUAUCCAGGGGUGGACCUUGAUCUUCAAGAUCAGAUGGCAACUGAUGCUUUUCUAAAAGGACUGAAAAACCAAAAAGUGGCCUAUGAAGUAAUGAACCGAGACCCAUGCUCUCUUUCAGAAGCUCAAAAAUGUGUUGAGGCCCAUGAGCACAACUUUCGUGCGACCGUUGGGCGUGAGAUUGAUAUGAGGAACAGGACGAGGCGAAUAUCUUGGGCUGAAGACGGAGACACCUGUGAAGACUUCACUGCAACUUCUCGCAGGGUGCAGUCCCCUCAGUAUGUGACUACUGCUCAGUUUGCAACACUGACAGAUCAAGUUAAGAACUUGGUUCACACUGUAGGAAACCUCCAGCUACAGCUUGAACAUCUCCAGUCUAGUAAAUCUGACCAUCAAAGAGCCAGAACACCAACUCACUCUUCAGUUCAGUUUGAAAGACAGCCGAGUCUCCACCAAGUGCAGCCUGGUCGAGUGCGGUCUCAAUCCCCCAGUCCCACGCGUGGAAUUGCUGGCACAUGUUUCAGAUGUGGAGAAUCAGGACACUUAAGAAGAGACUGCAUCAGGUCAAAGAGCCCACCUGUUUCACAUGGCCAGGGUGAGAAAAACUCAGACAAAAGUUUACGGUUUGAAAUGACAUCUGACAACAGUCAACCGCAACAUGGGCUACAGAUUGGCUGCACAAAAAACCAAGGGGAGAGCCUACAGAUUCCAGUGAAGGUGAAUGGUAUCCCAACACAAGCUGUGGUAGAUACAGGAGCACAAACAACUAUAAUUUCUGAGGAACUCUUCCAGCAGUUUUCUAAAGAAAAUGAGAAGAAACUAUCUGAAACCUACCUUUUAAAUGCAGGAGUUGGAGACAGCAUGGUUGCAAAACAUGGUCUAAAUGUUAACUUCAAAAUUGCAUCCAAGUCCAUUGACUGGGAUGUGCAUGUGGCCCCAAUACGUGACUCUGUUCUUCUGGGACUGGAUCUAAUGAAGUGCCAUGAUGUUGUAAUUCAUGCACGUGGGAAAGUCUUUAUUGAUAACGAGCUUGUGCCCUCCAAAAUAAUGAGGAGUGAUGGAACAGACUAUUAUGUUACCAGGGUGAUGCUAGGGAAGACAACAACCAUACCACCAUCAUCUGAGUGUGUAGUUUGGGGUGAAGUUGACGACCCAAAGCCAGGAAUACCAGCUGUAUUGGAACCCAUGAGCAUCACUGAAGCUAUAGCUUCAGGGAGUGUAAUAACAACUAUGGAAAAGAGAGUACCGAUCAGGCUGUGCAACUUUUCGACUAGCAAAUCAGCACUACCAAAAGGAGCUUGUCUCGGAGUACUAGUUGAAGCGGAUCCUACAGAGCUGGAAUGUGCAGAAGAACAUCAAGCGGAACCUGAUUUAAACACGGAAAGGAAGGACUCGUCACUUGUAGUGGGGAGAGUAGUCACAUC